AUGACACGCCGCACGUACAAUAUCGCCAUGGUCAGCGACUUCUUCUUCCCGCAACCAGGAGGCAUCGAAUCUCACAUUUACCAACUCGCUACGAAGCUUGUCGACCGUGGCCACAAAGUCAUCAUCAUUACUCAUGCCUACGACGACCGCAAGGGCGUGCGCUACCUCACAAACGGCGUCAAGGUCUAUCACGUUCCUUUCCUCGUCAUCUAUCGUUCAGCAACGUUUCCAACCGUCUUUUCAUUCUUCCCCAUUUUCAGGAAUAUAUGCAUCCGCGAGCGCAUCGAGAUUGUUCAUGGCCAUGGCAGCCUCAGCAGUCUAUGUCAUGAAGCUAUCUUGCAUGCUCGCACCAUGGGGCUACGUACUGUUUUCACAGAUCAUUCACUAUUUGGCUUUGCAGAUGCUGGAACAAUCCUCACAAAUAAGCUCCUCAAGUUUACUUUGAGUGAUGUUGAUCAUAGCAUAUGUGUCAGCCAUACAUGUAAGGAAAACACGGUACUUCGCGCAUCACUCGAUCCGGUCAUGGUCUCUGUGAUACCAAAUGCUGUUGUUGCAGAGAAUUUUCGUCCCAAGGACGUCCCAGCAUCACCAUCUCCCCAAGCCACGACUUUUGGCUCAGAAGGACCAGUCUAUCCUCCACCUCAGCGUAUCGGACCUCGCGAUACCAUCACAAUCGUCGUUAUUUCGCGCCUGUUCUACAAUAAAGGCACUGAUCUUCUCAUUGCCUCUAUUCCUCGUGUGUUGGAAAAUCAUCCAAACACCCGCUUUGUCAUUGCAGGCUCUGGCCCUAAAGCCAUCGACCUUGAACAAAUGAUCGAAACAAACGUGCUCCAAGAUCGGGUCGAGAUGCUCGGUCCCAUCCGCCACGAAGAAGUCAGAGAUGUUAUGGUUCGAGGCCACAUCUACCUCCACCCGUCUUUGACCGAGGCUUUUGGAACUGUCAUUGUUGAAGCCGCCAGCUGCGGGCUUUAUGUUGUGUGUACACAGGUUGGCGGCAUCCCAGAAGUCCUCCCCUCCCAUAUGACGACAUUCGCCAAACCAGAAGAGGACGAUAUUGUCCUCGCCACAAGCAAAGCCAUCAGUGCGAUGCGUGCCGGAAAGAUUCGUACCGAGAAAUUCCACGAACAAGUCAAAAAGAUGUACUCAUGGCAAAAUGUCGCUCUGCGCACGGAGCGCGUUUAUGACGGCAUUUCGGGCACCAUCCCUGAGGACGAAUUCUACGGCGUUGAUACAUCAGGCUACGGUAGCCGCAUACGUAAUUUUGCUCUUAUAGAUCGUCUCAAGCGCUACUAUGGUUGUGGUAUCUGGGCUGGAAAGCUCUUCUGUCUUUGUUGUGUUGUGGAUUACCUCUUUUUUCUGUUUCUAGAGUGGUGGUUUCCGAGGGACAACAUCGAUAUAUGCCCCGACUGGCCUCGCAAGAGACCUGCCGAUGAUGAUGCAAGUUCCAAGAAGGGUGCACAUAGUAAUCGGUCAAGCACAUCACUAGGUGCUCCGAAGCUCGAAUAA